UUGUGAAAGCCAGGGGCGGCUGACUGCUUAUUGGUCCUAAAGUACUGGGCUGGCUACUGGGGGCCCUGAUUCCUAGCAUUUCAUUUCCACUUUGGGGGAAUUCAGGAGCUGAGAGUCUGGGACAGGAACCCCCUUACAGCAAGCAACUGCCUGAUCACAGGACAUCAUGGCCGACAAGGAGGAAAUUAAACCCGUGGAGGAGGAGCAUGAAGAUGAAUUAGAUUUGAAUUACAAAGCUCCAGAAAAGAAAUCUCUGCAGGAGAUUCAAGAGCUCGACAAAGAUGAUGAGAGUUUGAUCAAAUACAAGCAGGCCUUGCUGGGCAACUUACCUGCAGUAGUUGAUCCCCAUGUGUCUAAUGUUCAAGUGAUGCGUCUGACCUUGGUCUGCAAUGAGGCACCCGGACCAAUCACCAUGGAUUUAACUGGUGAUGUGGUUGCCCUGAAGAACACAUCGUUUGUACUUAAAGAGGGUGUGAGCUACAGUGUAAAAAUAACAUUUAAGGUGAAUCAUGAAAUAGUUUGUGGCUUAAAAUAUGUCCAGUAUACGUACAGGAAGUCAAUAAAAGUUGAUAAAGAGAUACACAUGGUGGGCAGCUAUGGACCACGGAUUGAAGCAUAUGAAUUCCUAACACCACUGGAAGAGGCUCCCAAAGGCAUGCUGGUUAGAGGCACAUACCACAUGAAGUCCUGUUUCACAGACGAUGACAAAUCAGACCACCUGUCUUGGGAAUGGAACCUCAAUAUAAAAAAAGAUUGGAAAGACUAACUGCAAAGUCCGAUAUUAUCCUCCUUCUAACUGUCCUAUUAAAUCUAGGCAAACACUACUACAUAUUAAAAAUGUACAAGGUAUAUCAUGGUUUCUACAUCUGUUUUCUAAUAGUUACCUAUCGUUUCUACAAAAAUUAAAAAAAUGUAAAGACCAUAUUUAAUAAAAACGAAUAUCUUCAAUCAAAUGUUGCUUUGGGCAAUGUUAAGUGUCCAUUUGUUGAUAAAGUUUGGUGAAUACAUUGUGUCUGUUUGUAAUGAUUUGUGUUUCUGCUUAAUGAUAAAAUGUUGCUGUAAAUAUAACUACAGCCCAAGACCAUAGGACAGAACUCUGAAUACACUAAACACAGUACAUCAUUCAGGUCGUGCAAGUUCUCAAUGGCAGCCUCGAAUCGAGAAUUGGUUUUCACCUCUUUAGUGUAGACAGGUGAUCCACAGCAGCCUAGAAUUAUCGUGUUUCGCAAAUCUAUACUCAUGGGAAUACAGGAAACUAGGAUUGAGGGUACAAUUUGAGAAAUGGGCUGGGGGACCAUUGGUGUAGCAGUGUUUCCCAAACCAGUCCUCAAGACAAGCCAUCAGUCCAGGUUUUGGCAGUGUCCAGAUUGUAUUAAAACAUGGACAUGCAUAAAUCCUGGAUUGUUGGUGGGCCAUCGGGACUGGUUUGGGACCCACUGCUGUAGACUAUGGGAUGUAAAACUGCACGCUAUUUAGAACAGGGUGAGAUCUAAAGUAGUGGACACAUUUCAUUAAAUUUCUCCGGACUACUCUAAAGAACUUGGAAAUGUUUUUAUAUUAUGUGUCCUGGUGUCCACGAAGGCCGACCUUUGACAUGAAAUUAUAAAUUGAAGUUGGAUCCCUGCCUUUUGAAAAGACCGAUCUGAUUCGGUUGAUGUGACAAACUCCAAACUCUUGUUUACUGACCUUAAUUCUUCAACUUUAAAUAAUUCUAAUUUAUACACGUUAUAUCUAUAAAUAUAUUCUAGAUAUAUUUAUCAUCUCUUAAUGUUUGGUGACUGAGGUGCAUUUUUUUUUUUUUCGGUUUUUGGGUUUUUUACCCAGGGAUUAGCCCGUCAAAGCAAAAAGAUUAAAAAAAAAAAAGUCUAUUUUUAGUGUCUGUAUAUUUACACACAUGGUCCCCACAUUUUAGUUCUUGUACACUAAUAAGAUCUCUUCAACAUUUUGAAAAGUUUAAUUUCCAGAGGCCUUUUGUUUGUUUGUUUGUUUUUCCUUGAGAUAAAAAUGUAUUUUUAAGGAAUCACCGGAACUUGGUUAAAAGCUACAUAUUUAGCCAAGGUCACACAAACAAAAUACAUAAAAUAAGUUCCCUGAGAAAAUAGCUGAUGCCCACAGUUUGCGUUCUUAUUUCCGAUAGUCAUACUGAGAUUCAUUUUACCUUUCCAGGGUCUAAUCCUUUCACUAAAAUUGACAAAAA